AACCUUUAAAUGCUUCACUUUGCAGUGAAGCACCCAGAACCUUGAGAUAACCUUUAGUAAACAUAGAUAAAUAAGAUUCAUUUUUGUCUGACAUUUUGAGGAAAAACAUGAGUGGAUGUCCUUUUUUGGGAAGAAAGCAUCAUAAACCCAGUCAGACAGAAGAAGAGGAUGAAUCCCAAAAGGGCAUCAACAAAGCCAAUAACGGAGGAAUCGUCUAUGGAGAAUACCUACAGCUCGAUAAGGUGUUGAGCGCUCAAGUUUUGCAGAGUGAACAGAAAGGUAACAAAAUCCAUGAUGAGCAUCUCUUCAUUGUUAGCCACCAAGCUUACGAGUUGUGGUUCAAGCAGAUUUUAUGGGAGCUUGAUUCAGUUCGAGACCUGUUCCUUAAAAACCAUGUUCGGGAUGAGAGAAACAUGCUGAAGGUGGUGAGCAGGAUCUACAGGGUCACCAUGAUCUUCAAACUACUGGUGGAGCAGUUUGCAGUCCUGGAGACCAUGACCGCCCUGGACUUCUUUGAUUUCAGGGAGUACCUGUCCCCAGCCUCGGGGUUCCAGAGUCUUCAGUUCCGUCUUCUGGAGGCUAAGAUUGGUGUGGCGAAUCAUUUGAGAGUCCCCUACAACCGACGACACUACAGAGAUAACUUCCACGGACAAGAGAGCGAGACGCUGCUGAGUUCAGAGCAGGAAGCCACUCUCCUUCAGCUGGUGGAGCAAUGGCUGGAGAGGACUCCCGGACUGGAAAAGGAUGGAUUUAAUUUCUGGGGAAAACUGCAAGCCAGCAUCGAAGAGGGUCUCAAGAUGGAGAAGAGCAAACUGGAAAAAAUGGACGAUUCUGAAGUGAAGCGGGACCUUUUGACAGAUCUAAACAAACAGGCCGAGGUCUUCGCCGCCCUGUUUGACCCGAAACGCCAUGAGCAUUUAUUAAGCAAAGGGGAACGGCGACUUUCUUACAAGGCCCUUCAGGGAGCUCUAAUGAUUAAUUUCUAUAGGGAAGAGCCUCGCUUCCAGGUGCCCUUCCAGCUCCUGACUGCACUGAUGGAGAUCGAUACGCUCAUGACCAAGUGGAGGUAUAACCAUGUGUGUAUGGUGCACAGAAUGAUCGGGAGUAAGGAAGGGACAGGUGGAUCUUCAGGAUACCAUUACCUUCGCUCUACUGUCAGCGAUCGUUACAAAGUGUUCGUGGAUUUGUUCAACCUCGCGACAUUCCUGGUACCUCGUGCCUGGGUGCCCAAACUCAACCCAAACGUCCAUAAGUUUCCCUACAUGGCCGAGUGUUACGACAGCUCGUACAAUUCGUGCAGCAGCGAGGAUUCAGAUUAGAAACGUCAGACUUGUUUGUCUGUGCCGACGAAACCAAACGAUGUCCAGAAACUCUGAAAGAGUGCCAGUAGUCUGUAAUGAUCAGCCAGAGUUUGUGCUUUUAGUUCUGUUUACGUAGUGAAGGGUUUAGAAGGGUUUAGAAACUUCUUUCAAGGUGAUGUAAAAAGAAAGUUUAAUGAGGAAGUGAUCGUGUAUAUAACGGAAAUCAGGAAAUCUUGUAAAUACUAUUUAUAUUUUAAGCAUCUAUGUAAAAGUGUGUCUUUUGUAAUAGAUAUUUUUUGAGAAAGCACACACACACACACACACAUAUAUUAUAUAUAUAUGUAUAUAUAUAUAUAUAUAUAUAUAUAUAUAUAUAUAUAUAUAUAUAUAUGUAUUUUGCAAGCUGCAUAAACAAUUAGAUAUAAAAUCACUGUUAUUUGUAGCAAAAGCAAUAAAUACAUUGUAUGACUCAAAAUUAUAGGAAAAAAAAUUGGUUUUGUGGUCCAAAAUGUACAAAUGUAAUUUUCACUAUACAGUUAAAAUGCCUAUUUUAUGCUUAAAGUGAAGAUGUUGUGCACCACAAUAAUAAAGAAAGCUAUAUAUUUCUCUUAAUGCUACUUGUGAAAUAAAUAUUCUUUAUUUGAA